AUGAAGCAUUUUGAGGGCUUUACAUUGCUGUCUGCUCUCACUUUACUGGUAUGCUUAGCUGCUGGUUCAGUAAUCACCACAACCGUAACCACGGAAAAAUGGAGCAACAGUAAAGCUUUGGAUCCCGUCUCGAAUGCUCAAGUCGGCCGCCUUUUGAGGAGGCACCAGUGGCCAACAAAGGAUGGAGGUUCCGACAACUCAGAAGUGAGAAUGACUGGCGCUAAGCUCCCAGGUGUUGCGGCGCUCGAUAAAGUUGCCAAGUCUGGACAAGAUCUCUACGAGAGUCAAGCAAAUGUUCACUUCUAA